AAGUCGAUGCUUCCUGCAUUGUAAUUUAACCCACAUCAAGAGCCUGAGGAAGAAGCUGAGAAGGACUACUAUAUGCUGGUCUUACUUUUGACUUCAUCAUGAGAAUUUCACUCCUGUUGGUGUUCAUGUCAGUCCUGUCACUGACCAGGACACAAACAACAGCAGAAGAAUCCACUGCAGAAACCACCACAGUACUAGAAUCCACUCCUGAAGCCACCACAGUCCUAGAAUCCACUCCUGAAGCCACCACAGUCCUAGAAUCCACUCCUGAAACCACCACAGUCCUAGAAUCCACUCCUGAAACCAUCACAAUCCUAGAAACUAUCACAUUGGCAACCAUAUCAGCUGGAGCACCAUGGACAGCACCAGCGAUAUUCUAUCCAUUCGGCUCAGCUGCAGGAGACACUGAGCAUUCUCUUAGUAAUUAUGGUGAUGAAAGCCACGUAUCUGUUGGCCUAUCCACUCCAUAUACGUUCUUUGGCCGCACAUACAACCAGUUAUACGUUCAUUUUAAUGGACUCCUUACAUUCAACCAACCUCAGUCAGCAUCAGGACCCAACUACAUUCUCACCAGAGGAGCUGAAGAUUUCAUUGCUCCUCUCUGGGGUGAUACUGACGACCAGUACAGUACCAUUAUGUUCUCAUUUCAGCAGUACACUAAUGGAAGUGUGCUCACUCGCGCCACUCAGGAUAUAAACCAGUAUUUCCCUCAGAAGAACUUCACUGCUUCUUCAGUAUUUGUAGUCACUUGGCAGUAUGGUCUUCUUCAGCCAAACCCGGCAAUCCUGUUUCAAGUGGUUUUAAUUUCAGGUGAUGGUCAUUCUUUCUUCCUGAUGAAUUAUGGUGACUGUGCUGUGUUAAGUGAACAAGUGGAGGCUGGAUAUGACACAAUAAACUCCACAAAUCGCUUUGUAAUUCCUGAUUCAACUAAUGGCAACUACCAAAACCUCAAGAACACGAGUAACGUGAACAUUCCGGGUCGAUGGGCCUUUAUCAGUACAUCAGAAAGCCUCAUUGGAGUUCAAAUUAGACUUAGAUCAUAUUCAGACCUGACACAGAGAGUAGAGAUUGAGGCUGUUUUGCAGCAAAUAAAACAAGAGCUGGUCAGUCGUGGACUUUCAAGUAGCAUCGAGAUGAAGAUAAGAAAUGUCAAAAAGACACAGCCAUAAUAUCAACUUCAUGGAAGGGAAUUAAAAUACUGAAUGUCAUUGCCAUUGAAAAUGUAAAAACUGAUAAAGAGAAUAAUGUCACUCUACAGGAAGGAAACCUUUAUAUUUUCUCACCCUUCAAUUUAUUUCACAUGCAUAUCAAUCAAAUCCACAUCAUGAUACGAAAGAACUAUAUUUUAAUUGUGUUUGACCCAACUCAUUUCUGUGUUCACAGCUUGAAUAAUAAUCAUUAAUUCUCUUUUUUUCCUUUUCUUGUCACGCUUUUGUAUUAUCAGAUCUCUUGUAAGGUUGCAAGCGGUUAAAACUAAUCAAACUGAUCUGUAGUAUGUGAACAAUAAAAUUAAACCUGAUCUUC